UCCAACCAAAAAAAAAGAAAAAAAAGAAAAAAAAAAACCAUUUCUCCUCUUCCCAAAUUCAAAAACUCUUGUCGAAUUCGAAUAAAAUGGAAGCUCAAAUGGCUUUUUCGAUCGAGAUUCGCAAUUCUUGGUUAAUCCAGACACCAUCAUCGUCAUCGUCAAGCUCCAGCAACGCGCUCUCCUUCUCGCGCUCUAUGCUUCCGAUGGCGGGGGCGGCGGAGAGGCGGCGGCGGUGGCGGCAGUGCGCGGAGCGGAGGCCGCGGAUGAAUCCCGCGAUGGCGGCGGCGGUGACGGAGAGAAUUGUGAGGAUGGAGACGGAGAUCGAGAAGCCCGUGAAGUUCACCGUCCGCGCGGCCGCGACAGUGCGGCGGAGGCGCAAGGAGGAUGUCAAGGGGAUGAUCGCGAACCAAAUCGACGCCUACUCCGACAAGAUCGGGAGAAAUGUUGUUUUGGAGCUCAUUAGCACCGAAAUUGAUCCAAGGACCGGAGCACCACGGACGAGCAAGCGGGCCGAGCUGAAGGGGUGGUUCGAGAAGAAGGACACGAAGGCGGAGCACGCGGUGUACACGGCCGAGUUCACGAUCACUUCGGCCUUCGGCGAGCCGGGCGCGAUCGCCGUCCUCAACCGCCACCACCGCGAGUUCUACCUCGAGAGCAUCGUCGUCGAGGGGUUCGGCCCCGACCCGAUCCACUUCACCUGCAGCUCUUGGGUCCAGCCCACUAGAAUCCACCCCAACAAAAGAAUCUUCUUUACCAAUAAGCCUUAUUUGCCGUCGGAGACACCGCCGGGGCUGAGAAUGCUGAGGGAAAAGGAGCUGCGAGAGCUAAGAGGUGACGGAACGGGCGAGCGAAAGCUCACCGAUCGAGUCUACGACUUUGCGACCUACAAUGACCUGGGGAACCCCGACAAGGGGGCCGAGUGCGCGCGACCGCUCCUCGGCGGAGAGGACAAGCCUUAUCCGAGAAGAAUGAGAACUGGAAGGCCCCCGGCUAGUUCAGAUGCGCGGGCCGAGAGCAGGGUGGAGUAUCCAGUACCGGUAUACGUCCCGAGAGACGAAGCAUUCGAGGAAGGGAAGGAGGAGAUGCUUUCGGACGGAGCCUUGAAGGCGCUGCUCCACAACCUGGUCCCCUCCCUUGUCGCGUCGAUUUCGUCGGAAAGCAUCGACUUCAAGGGCUUCCACGAGGUCGACAACCUCUUCAAAGAAGGCAUUCGCUUGAAGCAAACAUUACAAGACCAGCUCCUCCAGAAGAUCCCCGUCGUGAGCAAGUUGUUCGAGUCCGGCGAGGCCCUGCUCCGCUACGACAACCCCCACAUCCUUACAAAGGACAAGUUUGCGUGGCUGCGCGAUGAUGAGUUCGCCCGCCAGACGCUCGCCGGCAUCAACCCCAUCAACAUCGAGCGCCUUCAGGCAUUUCCUCCCGUUAGCCAGCUCGAUCCGGCCGUCUACGGCCCGCCUGAAUCUGCCAUCAAGGAGGAGCACAUCGCCGGCCACCUCGACGGAAUGUCGGUCCAACAGGCAAUUGCGAAAAAUAAGUUGUACAUUCUGGAUUACCAUGACAUCUACCUUCCGUUCCUCGAUCAAAUCAACGCGCAAGACGGCCGGAAGGCGUACGGUACUCGGACCAUCUUUUUCUUGACGAGCUUGGGGACUUUAAAGCCGGUGGCGAUCGAGCUCAGCCUCCCGCCGAUGGGCCCUAAUUGCACCCGGGCAAAGCGCGUGCUCACGCCGCCCACCGACGCCACCAGCAAUUGGCUGUGGCAGCUCGCCAAGGCUCACGUUUGCUCGAACGACGCGGGUGUUCACCAACUCGUCAAUCAUUGGUUGAAGACCCAUGCGUGUAUAGAACCAUUCAUUAUCGCUGCGCAUCGGCAGUUGAGCGCGAUGCACCCGAUCUACAAGCUUCUGAAGCCGCACAUGCGGUACACCUUGGAGAUCAAUGCCAUCGCACGCCAGAUCCUCAUCAACGGCGACGGCGUCAUCGAGUCGGGCUUCACCCCGGGACGGUACUGUGUGGAGAUGAGCGCCGCCGCCUACCGCGAUCACUGGCGGUUCGACCAGGAGGGCCUCCCCGCCGAUCUCAUUCGAAGAGGAAUGGCCGUAGAGGACCCUACGCAGCCCCACGGCCUCCGGCUGCUCAUCGAGGACUAUCCGUACGCCACCGACGGCCUCCUUUUGUGGUCCGCCAUCGAGCGGUGGGUCCACACCUACGUCUCCGCCUGCUAUCCUUCGGUCCACCACGUCCAGGCCGACACGGAGCUGCAAUCCUGGUACGCCGAGUCAAUCCACUCCGGCCACCCGGACAAGCGCCACGCCCCGUGGUGGCCGCGGCUCUCCUCCCCCGCCGACGUCGCGUCCUUCCUCACGACCCUCAUAUGGCUCGCCUCCGCGCAACACGCGGCACUCAACUUCGGCCAGUACCCGCUCGGCGGCUACGUCCCCUGCCGCCCCCCACUGAUGCGCCGCCUCAUCCCCAUCCCCGGAGACCCCGAAUUCGAAAACCUCACCGCCGACCCCCACAGAUUCUUCCUGUCGGCGCUGCCGAGCCUGACGCAGGCGACGACGUUCAUGACGGUGAUCGACACGCUGUCGACGCACUCCGCCGACGAGGAGUACCUCGGGGAGCGGCCGGAGCCCGACGCGUGGACCGGGGACGCCGCGAUGGUCCGCGCGGCGCGGGAGUUCGCGGCCGACGUGCGGCGGGCCGAGGAGGAGAUGUCGCGGCGGAAUUCGGACCCGCAGAGGCGGAACCGCUGCGGCGCCGGCGUGCUGCCGUAUGAGCUCAUGGCGCCCAGCUCGACGCCGGGGAUCACCUGCCGGGGGGUGCCCAACAGUGUAACCAUUUGAAUUUAUUUUUCGCACGCAUUUGACCCUGCGAAUACAUAAAAUUGCACGAAUACGCUCGCAAAGUUGGUAUUUGCAUACUCCCUGUUAAAGCUAUAAAUAUCUACAAUUUUUUUGGCGUAAAUACGCAAAUAAGUGAGAUUUUUCAGGGUACAAUGACAAAUAUCAAUUUUGUGUAGGUUUUUCUACAAUUUUGUAUAUUUGUAGGGGUAGGAUUAAUGCAAAUAUUCUAAAUAACCAAUUGUUGGUUGGGGAUUAGUUCUUGCUUCAUUUUUGCCCCCAUUUUUUUGGUGAAUUGAGAAAUGUACUAAGAAAUUUAAGGGGUUAAUUAUGUAAAGUGUAUAUAUCCAUAAAAUUAAUAAGGUUUUGUUAUAGGAGGAGAGUUAGAGAAAUAUGUCAUAGUGUUUAUCUCAUGUAAUUAAAGGGGUUAGGCAUUAUUUAGCCGAUGUAUUGUACUUUUUUUUUUUUGCUGAA